UUACAGUACAAGUGGAGAAACUAAAAGUUUCACUCACGCGUGUGUCGAGAUUACACACGAGGCGUAGCCGAGUGUGGAACGACACACAAGUGAGUGAUUUAGUUUUCCACGAGUGCUGUAUAGCGUUUUGUUCAAUCCUGUUACUAAUAAAAAUUUAAAAAAAAACAGUGUAAUAGUUAUUUUUUAAGCAUCUGAAAAAAACAUAGUAGGUAGUUUUCGUUGUUAUGGUUUCCAUGAGAUCUGCGUAAAACAAUUGACACAAUCUGUCAACAAAUUACAAUUGUAGCAAAAGUGUGCGCGUUUAGAUUUCCGAGAAAAUGGAAGAUGAAAAUAGUGUAUUUGUGCCAGAUAACAUUUUGGAAGAAGCGAAUGCAGCGACAUUUAAUUUAUUACCGAAAAAAUCCAAAGACAGAUACAUCAAGGAGUUGGAAAAAUUUCGGUCGUGGAUGGAGAACAGAAACGUAAAUGUUGUAAUUGAAGAAGUAGUGGUUGCUUAUUUCAAUGGAUUGAUACAAAAAUACGCUGCCCCUUCUUUAUGGUCUGUAUUUUCGAUGCUUAAAUGCACCCUAUUUGUUUUUGAGAAAGUGGACAUAAGCAAGUUUAAAACCUUGUUCGCCAUUCUAAAAAGUAAUUCUAAGGGUUAUCAACCUAAAAAAGCGAAGACAUUUGAUCAAAGAGAAGUGGAAAAGUUUUUAAAUGAAGCUCCUGACGAGAUUUACUUGCUAAUGAAGAUGGUUGUUGUGAUGGGAGUUAUGGGCGCCUGUAGGUGUGAUGAGUUAGUAAAUCUUAAAACCACUGAGAUUCAAGAUAAAGGGACUAUAUUAGUCGUUAGUAUCACCAAAACGAAAAAUUGUAAACCGCGUUCCUUUGUUGUGACUGAUGUUGAAGGAAAUAAUUUUAAGUGUUUAACAAUAUAUCGAAAAUAUGCAGCACUGCAUCCAAAAGCUCUCGGCGAUGGAAGAUUUUUCUUGAAUUAUCGAUCAGGCAAAUGCACAGUUCAACCAGUUGGCAUAAAUACUGUAUCCAAAAUACCUAGAUUGGUGGCAAGUUACUUGAAAUUGAAAGAUGCCGACCUUUAUACAGGACAUUGCUUUAGGCGGACGUCGGCAACACUAUUAGCAAAUGCUUCUGCUGAUAUCCUUACCCUUAAAAGACACGGAGGUUGGCGAUCCUCAUCUAUUGCUGAGAGUUAUGUAGAAGAGUCGGUGACCAAUAAAAUCGAGAUAGCGAAAAAAAUUAUUACGGGUGAUAGUGGCAGUAGCACCAGCACCAAUAACGUUUGUUUGCAAAUUGGAGCAGAAGAUGCUGCAAAAGUUCAAGUCCCUGGUAUCAACCAACCAAUUUUUAACAAUUCGUAUGUGUAUUAUGAGUGGGUGAAAAUUUUUCACUCACUCUUUUCGCUCACCCGUUGCUAUGGAAAUAGUUUGAAUGGGUAA